AUGAUAACUAAUCCUGGAAUAGUAAGAACAAAAUUAUUAGAAAGUAAAUCCACUCAUACUCCUUAUACUUAAUCUACAUUUCAUAGUCCCAGUAACUCAAGAACAUAGUAAUCAACCUAUAUUAUCAUAGAGGAUUCUUCAAUAAAGAAUUAAAAAAAAUACAGGAUUCAAAUAAACUCUAACCUUUCCAUGUAGAAAAAUAAAGUCAUUCAGCUACAUCAUCUUGUCAUACAUUUAUGACUUAAAUGGAGAGUGCAUAACAUUAAAUUAGAGCAAAUAAAUUUGGAAAAAUUAAAAGCAGAAAAUAAGUGACUUUAUUCAAUAGUGAAGAAUAUAUAUCUGAUGAUAUUCUUGAGUUGUAUAAUGAAUAUGAAAAGAAUUAUAUCACUUUAAAUAAAGUAGAAAAGUUUAUUGACAUAUAAAUUUCAUAAGUAAAUUAACCUCAAUCUAGAAUUGAUUCUUAAGAUUUUUUAGCUAUAAGUGAUGAGAAAUUAAAAUUAAAUGAUUUAAAUAAAAUGAAUAAAGUGAAAAUACAGAGAUUUAAAUUCUACUAUUUUAGAAUUAAAACAAAAGGUAGAAUGUCUCCUGUUCAAAUAUUUUUACAUUGUCCAGAUAGAGUUCAAAGUUCAAAUAUUAGAAUGUUUAUAUCUUCAAAAGCUGAAUUUCCAACUAAAUUUAACUCUGAAUAAAUCAUCUAAGCAAAAAAUGCCAAAAUGUAUGCUGAUCAUAAUUAACCUUAUUUCUCUAAAGAAUUUUUGUAUAUAACACUUUACUCUGAUAUAGAUUUCGAAGUAACAAUAGACAUAAUUUUUGGAAAUCCAAUCUAAAAGAUUAUUCCUAGAAAAUAGUAAGUAGAAGAAGACCUUUUAGAUAUUCGACCUUAAACAUAAAGGAUUAUAAAGAGAGAUAAAAUAAUUUAUAAUUUGGAUAUGAAAUAAUAUUUACAAAAAAUGAAAAAUCUUGAAUAAAAUAAAGUAAAUUUAUGAAUUAAUGAAAGUUAGAAAGAGAGUAGAAGCAAUAAUUAGUACUUAUAAAUAAGAAAGUUAUUUAAGAAGAAAAACAAGUUGAUAAAGUAUGUAAAGUUUUAGCUAGAGAAUCGAUAAAUUAAUAUAGAGAAAUAGAAAAAAUUAUGAAAUAAAGGAGAGAACAAAUAAAAAUAUUUUAAAAUUCUUGGUGUUAAAUAGUGAGUUUGUUUGAUUUUUGUAAGGAAGUUAAGACAAAAUUAGAAGUAAUUUGAAAAUUUAUAAAAGGAUAUUAAAAGACAUAAAAAGGCCUAAGCAAAAGGAAAGUUAUUAGUUUGGCAAUUAAAAACAAUGGCAUUAAUGAAGGUUUAAAUAUAUGGAUCAACUCCAAAAGAAAGAACAAUAUUUAAAUCAAAAUUAAUUUUAUAAUCUUAUGCUUUAUUGAUAAAAAAGAAAACAAAAUUAUUAGCUGAAGAAGUUAUUACUAGGUUUAUUAAGAAGAUGUUACUCUAUUUAACAACUUUAAAUAAAUAAUAAAGUCUUAUAAAAAAAGGUAUAGAAAAAAUAAUUGAUUUAAGUUAAAACAAUUCAAAGAAAGUUUAGAAGUUUGAAACAAAAAAAAAGAAUGUUUAGAGAUAAGUUUUGGAAAUAAAUAAAAGAAAAUAUAUGCAAUAUUGUUUAUUAAUUAAGAAGAUAAAAAGAUGUUCGAAAUUUAUUUAGUGAUGGAAAGAAACCUACAAUAUUAAUAGAUGUGUAAAUAAUAAAUAUUCAUUUAGACCUGUAAUGUAAAGUCUUAUUGAUGAUUAUUGUGAAAAAGCUAGAGCCAGAUGGAUGAAUUAUAUUAAUAGAACAUUCAAAGAAAAGAAUAGGGCAAAAGUAUGUUAUUUAUUAUAUUAAAUUAGAAAAUUUAAAAUGUUGCAUUAAAUUUUACGGAACCAAAAUUAUAUGACAUGCCAAAUGAAUACGAAUUAACUUAAUUAAUUGAUUAAUAUGCUAAAAUAAAAAAAUUAUAUUGA